GGAAAUUUAUAGCAAGUCCAAGGACAAAACCGGAAGAAAAGUGCACAUUCUGAUCUCCACAUGCCACAACUGCUUCACCAUUACGCCUCUCCUCCUCCUCAGCUCUAGCAGACAAGCAGUAAUAAACUACAACUCCUCCACACGCACCUCUUCCCUUUCUUUCCUCUCCCAACCCCAAUCCCAUUCACCACUAAUCAAAUUCAUCACUCAGUUCAAUUACUCGCAAUCAUGGCGGCGGUCGCAGCAACCGGAGGAAGCAGCAGCCACGCCACCAGAGAAGCGCGCCGCCGUCGUAUCGUCGAGCGUGGAUCUGAGCGCUUGGCUCUCAUCACUGGCCGCAUCCAAUCCCUGCCUCCCGACCCCCCCACCACUCGUCCCACUCAAACCCCUUCCGAUUCUUCUGCUGCUAGUGCUUACUACAGUGAUCUUGCAGAUAUUGCUCAGCAUGAGGAUGUAGCCUCUGGUUCACCAUUGCCAGAUCGUGAAUCUGUCAGGGAACUUAGCCAGCAUCAUACCCAGGAUGAGACAGUAGAGCCUUUGCUGCAAAACAAUGAGAAAGGCAGAAGCAUUACACCUAGAGCAGUGACCCCACUUGGUCCUGAGGAAGAAACUCCUGCACAGGACCACCAACGUGAACAGAGGCAUCUCAACUUGCUCACAGCUGGUCAAGUUUAUUCAGCAAUUGCAGCUUCGGAGAAAUUCCGGAUAUGCUCCUCUAUAGUGGCUGCUGUGUUGGUAAUCUUGUCAUAUAUAGGAUUUCCUGUUCUGGGCUUUGGCAUUACUAGAAACAUCAUAAUGUCCAGACCAGUUUAUCUGCUUUUGUUGACAAAUAUAUCAAUUGUUCUUGCACGGGUAAUUUUGGGAGCACAAGGUGCGGAGUUAAGGAUGGGACAAAAGAGGAGUGUUCCUAAUUUUGGUGGAAAUACUUUGGUCGAUCAACUAGGGAAAGCUCUUGAGUCGGCGUUGCUGUUGCAGAAUAUUUUUGGAGCGUUGUUGAUGGACUUUGGCAUCUACACUGUUGUGGUCAUUUGUGGACUCUCUGUGGUACAAAAACUAGGGUGGUAAAAUUUUGGUUUUUGUUAAUAGGAAAAAUUGUAACAGUGGUGCACCAGUAAAAACUGUUCUUUUACUUCAAGUGGAUGUAUCUUAUCAAUCCAGAAAGAAUCCUAUAUGAUCCACUGUUUGUUCUCCUGAUCCAUAAUUGAAUAUUGUCCACAGAGGAGGUUUUGUUCACUCUAUGUUUUUUCAAUUAAAGGUCAUCAAAA